AACAAUCUGCCGCAGGAGAAAACCUGCGCAGGUGAAGAGGGCAGCUCAGCAGCAGUCGUCCAUCCCGCUCCGUCGCGACGACUUUUGCAAUCGUGCGGACAUGGCGACCUCCAGCUCCUGCGUCGUGAUAAGUGAUGAGGAACAGGGUUAUGACCUGGACCUCUUUUGCAUACCAAAACACUAUGCAGAUGAUCUGGAACGUGUCUAUAUUCCACAUGGGCUCAUCUUGGACAGGACUGAGCGUCUGGCCAGGGAGAUCAUGAAGAAUAUGGGAGGCCACCACAUUGUGGCCCUCUGCGUGCUCAAAGGAGGCUACAAGUUCUUCGCAGACCUACUACUCGAUUACAUCAAAGCACUUAACCGCAACAGUGCGUUCCAUUCUUUGACUGUGGACUUCAUUCGCCUUAAGAGCUAUCAAAAUGACCAGUCGACUGGUGAGAUUAAAGUGAUUGGUGGAGAUGAUUUAUCUACACUCACAGGGAAGAAUGUCUUGAUUGUGGAGGACAUCAUCGAUACUGGGAAGACAAUGAAAACAUUGUUAGAACUCCUCAAGCAAUACAACCCAAAAAUGGUCAAGGUGGCCAGUUUGCUUGUGAAGAGGACACCAAGGAGUGUUGGCUACAGACCAGACUUUGUAGGAUUUGAGGUCCCUGACAAAUUUGUGGUGGGAUAUGCACUAGAUUACAAUGAGUACUUUAGAGAUUUAAAUCAUAUCUGCGUCAUCAGUGAAACAGGAAAAGAGAAGUAUAAAGCAUGAGGUGGCCUGAACGCCCUGCCCCCCCCCUAGUUAUGUAUAAUUUUUAUUGAUGUCCGUUUUAUAUCUGGUCUGUAUUUCACAAGUGCAGCUCACCUCACAUUUGCUCAGCUUUCUCCCCAACGGCUAAAACAUAUGUGUGACCAAAAGUCAAAUUUGGUUUGAGUGCAUUUGGAUAAAAUAUAACCAAAAUGUAAUCUUGGGGUGGAGGCUUAAUUGUUUAAUUUAUAUUAUUUAAAUUGUGUGUGUGAUAAAUAUUGCCAGACAUGCUUAGAUUAAAGAUUUCAUUAAGCACAUUAUGGGAACACCUCGCCAAACCUCUUAUUAUUUGCUGCUUUAAUAGGAUAAAUUUCAAGUGUUUGCUGAAUGAACAAUUUAUUGCCAAACAUUUACAUCGUGUACAUUUACAUUUGAGGUCUAAUGUGAUUUGCAUUCAUAAUUAAUUUGGAUACAUCUCAAGGUUAAGCAGGGAUAAUUAUGGAUACAGAGAAGUUUAAUUUUUUUAUUUAAUGACUGUUACACAUUGUUGUGAACUGUAAUUGUAUUCAUUUUGCCUUCUGUUUGUCUGCUUACUGCAGUUUUGUAACAGUACUGCAGCUUAAAUAAAUUUAGUUUUGUUAAGAGGGGGGAAAUGUCACGGUUACUUGUAUGCUGUCAUAUAGCCACAAAAACACAAUCUCACCUUUGCUUUAACAAACACUGGUGUAUAAGUGUGAUAAGAUCUCAUACUUUCUCAAUUUAGCAAUGUUAAUACUAGCUUUACAAUUAGCCUUAGACAUAACGAGCAAACUGUCUCUGCGGCAACAGAUUAUUCCAAGUGGUGUUGAGGCUUCAAGUGUAUACUUUUAACUGCACUUCCCAAGCCCCCACGUGUAAGGAGACAGUGGAAAGUAAAUCAUGUGAUCAUGUAGUAGACCACUGUAUUAGAGAGGCCUGAGGCAGUCACAUUAAAAAUGUAUUGCACUGAA